AUGAAGCUAACACGUACGCAAGUUCUCAUCGAGGCUAAGGCCUCCAACUUGGAAAGCGUGAGGAAGCUGAACUGCUGGGGGUGUAAGCUUUCAGACGUCUCCAUUCUAGCUGAAAUGCCUAACAUUGAAGUGCUUACACUUAGUACAAACAGCAUCUCAUCUCUCGCCCCACUGGCUGGAUGCUUGUCUCUGUGUGAGCUGUACCUGAGAAGGAACAUGAUCGCCUCACUGUCAGAGCUCAGUUAUUUGCGUCCCAUGACACGUCUCAGAGUAUUGUGGUUGGCGGACAACCCUUGUUGCGGGGAUAACUCCAGUCAGUAUCGCCUGACAGUCCUGCGUUGCCUACCUGGGCUGCAGAAGCUUGACAACCAAGUUGUGACAGAGGAGGAGAUUUCGUUAGCACGCUUGGAGGGCGAGGAGAUCAGCGCACCAACAAACACAGUUGAACAACUUUCCAAUGGACAUACUGAUGCAGAGAAAGAUGCUCCAAGUCACAAUAUGGGGGAAACCAAAAAUCAAGAGUUGAGGAUGAAGCCUCAGUCUAGAGAAAAGUUACCCACUCUACAUUCUCAAUCAACCAGGUCAUCUCUGAAAAAGACACACACACUUGAUGCAGUGCUUCUGCUUCUGAGGGACUUGGAUCAUGAGGAUCUACGUGUUGUGCACAUGGAGACGCAGAACAGACUAAGGAUAUAUACACUGGACUCCUUAAAAACGUUACAAGAUUCAGAACAAUCGCAAUCUGUUGAUAUGCAACAGUGA